GAUGGACACGGAGCAGUGUAAGAUCACGGUGUGGCUUUGCCAAGAGGAGAAGGUGGUCUCCGGUCUCUCCAAACGCACCAGCUGCGCCGAUGUGGUCAGAGCGUUGGUGCUGGACCAGGAGAGGAGUGACCAGGAGGAGGAGGAGGAGGAGGGUGGGGAUGGAGAGGAGAGAGACAGCGCUAUGCUCUCGGGGUCUCUGGAUUCCUACUGUAUCGUGGAGAAGUGGAGAGGCUUUGAGAGAACUUUGCCCAACAAAACCAAACUGCUGCGGCUCUGGGCGGCCUGGGGCGAGGAGCGGGACAAUGUCACCUUCGUGUUGGUGAGGAGCGAGGCGUCUCUGGCCAACAGCGGGGCCCGCAGCGCUCAGGCACGGGUGGUCCUGAGCCGGGAGACCCCCUGUGCCCACAGGGGCAGUGGCAGUGGCAGGGCCAGGCUGACCCUGGCCGCUCUGCCCCGGGACAAACAGCGCAGGAUCGUCCGCAAAGCGUUCAGGAAACUGGCGAAGAUCAACCGCAAGCGCCGGGGGGGGAGGGACAGCGGCGGCGGCAAGGAGGAGGCUGUGGGGCGCAUGGAGACCCUGGUGCACCUGGUCUUAUCUCAAGAUCACACCCUCCGCCAACAGCUGCAGAGACUCCGGGAGCUGGACAGGGAGAUAGACAGGUACCAGGUCAAGGUCCACCUGGACAGGAUGCAGAGACAUGGCGUCAACUAUGUGCAGGACACGUACCUGGUGGACGGGGCGGGAGAGGAGGAGAACCCGAACCCCAGCCCUCACCCCAGCCCUAACCCCAGCCCUAACCCCAGCUCCAGCCCUAACCCUACCCCGGGAGCCGAGGCUGUGACGAGGGGCCGUGAGCAGGUGCAGAAGCUCCAGGACCAGUUGUCCCGUCAGGAGGAGCUGAUAGAAAGAACCAGUCUGGAGAUCCAGGAGGAACUGAACAGGCGGUGGAUGAAGCGGCGCCGAGAGGGACCGGAUUGGGACAGUCAUCAACCCGGGGAGCAGCGAGACCCCGAGGCCCAGGUAUCUCUGUCCCUCGAGAGGCUUCAAACCCAACUGGACACCAGUUUGUACAUUGGUCUCCGGCUCAACACGGACUUGGAGAACAUCAGGAAGCAGCUGUCUGACAGUCAGGGCUUGUGUGAGGACAAGGAGAGAGAACUGCAGAGUUUGGCCAUGGAGGUCGCCGGCUCUCUGACCAUCCAGGAGCCUCGACACAGACUGGAGCCCCUUCAGGGUGAGGAGGUCAGAGCUGGUGACCCUGGGGUGGCUGAGAGCAACACCGCCGGUUGGGGAGAGGCACUUACUCUGUCCAAGACCUGCCUGGACAUCAACGAGGAUGAGGACUCUGACACUGGGCUGAGCUCAAUGCACAGUCAGGACUCCGACAAUGUCCCGGUCUGUGAGUCCCUGGUGUAGGGAGGGA